CCAGGGGUCAACACAUCCUGCACGAGCAGAAAUGAGAAAACCCUUCUGGAGCCUGAACCAUUGGAUGAAAUAGCGUGGACUGCACGGACAUUAUCCAAGAAAAGGGCGUUUAAUUUCUUUAGAGAGCGCGUAUCAUACUGUGACAACAAAAGGGAUCCUGGGCUCUCCAGGUUAUAAGACGCGCGCGCACAUUCUACGCUCUCAUAGGACUGAACGGACGCGCAAAGUUCUCUCUAGUGGACCUUACAUUUAUUUGCUUUUUUGAUUGCAUCAGAGUUUGUUUUUAUUAUUCAGAAAAAUUAUUGAGCGCAUUGCAUUGGAAAUACGAACAUCGGACAAGCUCCUUUAUGCGCUCGUUUGGAUUUGGAAACGUUACGCAUCGAACAAUAAUGUCAACGAGGAUUUUUGUAACAUGUGCGUUUAACAGAAUCGUUCCUCAAAGAGUACAUUCAUAUUCCCAUGCCUCGUGGAUUAAAUGCUGUGCGUUUUUAUGGUGGAAUUGAGGUAUUUCCAAUGAAUGGCUCUUGAGAUAUCUUACUUUCACAUCAUUAACUAUUAAUGCAGCAUUAUCAUGCAUGCACGUGACAUGAAAUACUUUACUUUUUGCUAGGAAUGUUGUUAUAAAUGUAUAGUAAUUUACAUUUUUAAAUUGGCUCUUAGCAUGGACCCCUGAGAGACACAAAAGAAAAAAAUGAUUGAGUCCAAGCAUCGAAAAUGGAGUGGAUUUUUGCAAAGGAUUGUUUGUUUUAAUUAGAUUUUUUAACUCAUUGCUGCAAUCAAACAAAGGAAUUUAAGUCCAGUGGAAAUUAAAAAUGAACUCUAAUUAUAAUAGUGCGGGAUUCCAUAUGAAAGGGCCGUCAGUGGCUGUGGAGCCGAUGAUGGGCCCCCUAAAUGAAUCCCCCAUGCCGGGACACAACUUCAUCUCGAAUAGAGCCCAAUAUGGAUUCCAGACUCAUGGCCAUGGGGAUAUGCUCAGUAUGGGAGUUCAGCCGCAACAUCAACUCCACAUGCAAGGACCGUUCAACCAUCAACCGCCUAACCACGAGCAGCAUUCACAUCUGUACCAGGACAAUGUGCCCUCCUGCCUGCAUGGGGAAAGACACAUGGGCUUUAACGGCACCAAUGCAGGUCACCCGCACAUGUUUGAAGCAGGAUUUGGUCAGCAGCUCACAGAGGCGCAGCCGCAGCAACAAAGAAUGGCCACAAUGCCUGAUUUUCAACCUCACGGACACCCUAACGGUAACAACGCAGUUCCAGCUCCAUGUUUGCCUCUAGAUCAGUCGCCUAACCGUGCAGCGGCGUUCCACGGCCUGCCCUCCUCCUCACCUGAAACUCACAGACUUGAACAUUACAGGCUCUUCCCUCAGGGUAGGAUGGGUGGAUCAGAGCAUUGUUUUCCCUGUGAUCCUCUAUCAGGGAAUUUUGAUAUGAUGGGUUUCUCUACUGUGGACUCCUCAGAGCCCAAGCUCUCCUAUUGUGACACAGGGAACCAAGUGGUCGGGGGCCCUUUUUCCACUUGCAAUCGAAAUGGUUCCCGAGGGCCCAUGAUGGGUGGCUCGAAAGUCGACCAACAGCUACCUCAGCAAAAUGUGUUUUCAGACAGAUUUGGAAAUAGGGGGAAAAUGGAUCCAGGGGUUAACGCUAGACACCACCUCAUGGUGCAGCAAAGAGCCGGACCUGUUGAUAGACAGAACCCUGGUUCCCCCGCCCUUCCUCGGUUUUAUCACACUCCGGACUAUGUACCGAACAAUACAGACAUUCAAGGUGGUGGCCCAAUGGCCCACGUUCAGCAUAGUCAUUUGGAACGACCCAUACAUAGACUGAACAGCCACAACAUGCAUCCCUUUGGGGAACCAGUAUUUGAUGCCCCUCAGGCCCCUCACCACCCUCACCUUAGCUCAAUGCCCUAUUUGAAUAUGGCAAAAAGGCCACGGUUUGAUCUCCCAGAUGGCUCUGCUGGAGAGAGCUGCAGCCCCCUAAGUAACAGUUUACAUAAUCGUACCGGUCUCGAUAACCAUCUCUCCCCCUCCGCUUUCCCCUCUCCCAUGGGGGACUUCACAUCUCAUGUGAUGGAUGGGUUUCCAUCAGGCCCCCUACCUCUGAGCUCCAGCCCACAGCAACAACAACAGCCGCUACAGCGGCGGCAAAAUGCUGCGAUGAUGAUCAAACAAAUGGCAUCCAGGAGCCAGCAGCAGAGAUUGAGGCAACCCGACCUGCAGCAUUUAAGCCUCCACGGGGAUGUUACAUCAAACGGUAUGGGUUGUAGAGGGCCUCUGGGUAGCGUGCCUCAGUCAAAUUUUGAGAAAAAGCACAAUUUUCAUGGAAAAUUUGACAGUCCCCAUCUACCUCAAGAAAACUCAUGGUUUCCAGAGCCGCAGCAGCACUGUAGGGAAACAAACACUCAUGCCUUAGAGCAGACAGAAAACGGACAUAAUAUUAUUUUUAGACAAGGCGUCACAGGCAUGGACAUGCAGUCUUUGAAUUCUCCAGGAGCGCAUCAUCCUUUUGAAAAUAAUGUCAGCAAUUCUCUGCAGAUGCAGUCUCCUGAUGAGGGAAACAUGCAGUCGGGCACACCCAUGGAUAGAAGGCCGGCUGAAUUUGGAGGAAUUGAUAUGAGGAGGCAGCAUAGUUUCCCUCCUGGAGGGCAGAAUCAGCAGGGGGCCCCCCAAAGCAAUCCUCCAGGAUUCAGCAACUCUCCGGGGAACUAUCCCCCCCAUCCUGAAUACCUCUCCAGCCAGCACCUGUCAGUCAAUAAGCUUGGGGCCCUCUCUUUGGGGAAUUUGAACAAAGCCAAUACAAAAGACAGUGUGUUUGGCCAAAGCUGUCUGGCAGCUCUUUCCACGGCCUGCCAAAAUAUGAUUGCCAGCCUUGGGGCCCCGAACCUCAAUGUGACUUUUAAUAAGAAAAGUCCAAAUGAGGCCAAACGCAAAGCAGGUCAGGUUGAGCAGGACAUAAAUAGUAGUGGCACUAGCGGAGCUUGCGGCCCAGGGGCAGAGUAUUUCCAGAGCAAUGCUUCUCAGAAUAGUCAAACGCCUUGCUCUGGGAAUAACAACAAUACAACUUCAGGUCAAAGUGGUAUUGGCCAGAUGGCGAAAAGGGAAGCGAGCACCCUUUCCCCAAACAACAACAUGGAGUCUGGAUGUGAGGGGAAAAUGGCAACAGGCAACAGCAAAGGAAGGGGGAAGAAGAGACGCGAUAGCGGGCACAUAAGUCCCGGAAACUUCUCACCCCCUUGUAACCCUGUUGUCAGUCCAAGUCAGCAAAGUUCCACUUUGAGCAUGGGCAUGGAGAGCAGAGGUAAAACUCCAGAGAGGCCCCUGGUCUCCCCUUCCUUCGGAAAACCUGACCUUGCGACCUCGAUGGACAGCGGAAUUCAAAGUGUGGGCAAGUCGGAUGGCGUUUCACCAUGCAUGGAUUAUUUGGAAGAAGCCAGCCCUAACUACAACAACGAGGACGCACGACCUUGCAGAGCUGGCAUGAUGUGUAAUUCUGAAAACAGGGCCUGCUAUGGUGACGCUCCGUGCAUGGAACAGGUGCGAACGCCAUUGAGCAGCACAGGGCAGGAUGAGGUCCAUCCUCUGGAGAUUUUGCAGGCUCAGAUCCAGCUGCAAAGACAGCAGUUCAGCAUCUCUGAGGACCAGCCACUGGGAGGGAAAAUGGGCAAAAAUGCCAACUGCCAGAGUGGACUAAACGGGGAAUGCGCCCUGACCAAUUCAAGCCUGGUUGCAGGGAAGGGCUCUGUGAAUACCACUGACCUUGACACUCUCAUGACAGAGCAGCAUGCCACCUGGUAUGUCCCUGGCAACAAGGCUCUGAUAGAGGAGCCCGUUAAUGACAAGUGCCUGGGAUUCUGGGAUCGAGCACGAGGCCAAAGUGACAACAAAGAAGGACAUGGGUAGGAGCGCUCCUCAGACGGCCAUCUGUGGCUCCUUAGUGUAUCACUAAAAAGGUGCUGCAUGAUCUCGCUGCGGGGGUGUGUUUGGGACCUCAAGGAAGCCAAACGUGGAGCCCGGAGUCUCGGGAUACGAGGUGGGGGGGAUGGAGGGGCCCCUCUGCUUCUCUCGCUUCCAGAUGUGACUCUUAAGUCACCCAGAACAACUCUAAACCACUUUGAGACCUUGCUGGCUGCUUUCUGAAACUGUAAGGAUGAUGGUUGGCUUGGUGUUUUCCACCAGUAAUUGGAUACUCUUCUUUGUCUAGCACCAGAGAAACCACAAAGCAUUCUGGGUGUCCAGAGAGUCUUUGUGCCAACAAAAUCUCUUUGGAUUCACAGGAGACGACGACACAAUGGAAUACAGGAAAUGCACAAGCACACCAAACUGGAAUUUUGGACAGCUAGGCUCAAUUGCUUUUAUUUUUUAAAGCUGGGUUUUCCAUUUUUGUUUGGAUUACCUCAUUUUUUUUAAGACUUCCAAUUGAGGGUUAGUUUCGUUAACAAGAUUGUGCUGCUCUCUCUGUAAAUAUUUAUUGUCUUUGUUUGUUCUACGAAGCUCCUUUAUUUGUGUCAGAACAUUUCAGGAGUCUUCUAUUGAUGGAUAGAUGCGAACCCCCCUCCCCCCACCCCUAGUCAACAUUUAAAGAGACAGUUCCCGCAAAAUAGAAAAUUCAGCCGUUGUUUACUCAUUCUCCUGUACUUGUAUGCUAUUGUUUUUUCCCGAGUGGAACAGAAAUGGACAAUUUUUAAAGAAUCUUUAAGCAGUUCUGGGCAUUCGAUGAUAGUUCAUGGGUGAUUAUCACCAAACAUGUCAAGAAAAUGUCUUAUUUUACUUUUUCGAAUUUGCAUAAAGAAAAUGAAGACUUACUUUUAGGGCCAUCAAUGUUUUUACAUUAUGACAUUUAUUUUCCCCCUUAAUUCUCAACGCAAAUUAAAAGAAAUACAAUUAUAUAAAUUCUGAAGUAUGCAUAUGUCAUAGUUGUAGUCACUUUGGACUGGCUUUACAUUUUAGGCUAAUUUCAAUAAAAAAAAAAAAAUCUUAGUACAACAGAAUCAUCAUUAAAAUCAAAGAUAUUAGUAAAAGUAAAGUGUCGAGUGCUCUGAAUAUAAUGUUACAAUGCAAAAAAAUCUUAAUGGUUUGAAUGUCGGCUUCGAUUUCGUUAUGCAAAAUAAGUGCAUAAUCCUCUUUUUUUUUUUGUAUUGAGGUUUGAGGAUAAAAAUGUCCGGGACGUUUUCUUGACAUGUUUCAUGAACCGCCCUCAUAAAAACAAAAACGCCAAAAAAGCGCAAUAAACAUAUAGUCUACAUGACUUAAUACCUAUUAAUCGGUGGCUUCUGAAAUCAUGUAGUAGCUUUGUGUGAGAAAAAUUAUUUUCACCUCAAUUUACUGGUUCGGUUACUACACAUGUGAGAAUAUCAGCGAAUACUAACUUUAAUAUCUUUCUGUUUCUCAAACAAAGCUAGCGUAUAUCUUCAGAAGACUUGGAAUAUAUAAGUCACUUGAGCUAUUUUUCUGGUGCUUUAACAGGUGAUUUUUUUCUUCUUCUUUUUGGAGAUUUUUAUGACAAGAAUUGGACAAAAAAAUUACAUUGUUACGCUUUUCCGUUCCACGGGAAAACAUGGGGCAUACUGGUUUGGAACGGCAUAGGGGUGAGUAAAUAAAGAGAGAACUUUUGUUCCUUUAAUACGCUUUUUUUUGGUUGCGUCAUUGCCAUUUUUGUUCUUUUCUCUCUUGUUAUCGUAAUUAAAAUGGACGAGAGAAAUCCGACAGUGUGCCGUUGUCCAAUAAGUCUGAAUUCAUUCACACGAGAUGUGUUAUAAAGCUUCCCAUUCUCUCCGAGGUCUUCAGCACCAGGCUCUCCAUGUCUGUGGUGGGUCAACCUUUUGACUUUGAAAGGCCAGUGGGGGGUUCUCUCCUCUCCCUACUGUUUUUGGAAAUGUGAUAUUCACCCUGAGAACAUCCCAUUGUGACCCGCCUGGCCAGCAUCGGAAUGCCAUUGUUUCAAGUCGAAACUCUCCUCUGCUUGGGUUUUCCCUCUCUACCAAUCCUCCAUUGAAAUAUUGAGCUUCCCUCUGCCUUUAAACCAACUAACGGUGAAUAUGUUUAGUCGGAAUUGGCAGGCCAUUCAAGCGAGGACAAUGCUUGCAGACAGAAGAGUUUCCUUUUAAGAAAAUAGGGUUUCUUCUAGAGAGAAUAAGGGUCUUCAACCAAUUUUUUGGUCUUCGACACAUCUCUGUUGUUUUCACGUUCUACCUCUUUUUCUCCGUUUUUCUCUCAUUAUUGUGAUAUACACGAUGCUUAAAGUGACAUUAUUUGUGCCCGCAGAGUUUUUUGUAAAUAACCUGUAUAUUAUGAA